UUAAAUGUCACGGUGAAACAGGAGAAUGAGGGGCGGAGAGCACUCGUGUCCUCUGUGUCGCAUGGAUGUGCCACCCCGGCAGCGGGUCCCUCUCUGCCCCCCUCGUCCCAGCUUCGUGUUUAGCUUUGGCUGAAAGGGAAAAAAGAGGUGCCUUUGCUUUUGAUGCCUCUACUACGAGACGUGUGUGAACAGCCUGGUUGUAAAUAGGGACAGAUUCUGCAUCCCACAUGAGCUACGAUAAUCCUCCACCGUACCCCGGCCCGGGCCCGACUGCCCCGUACCCACCCUAUGCACAGCAGCCAGGGGGGCCCCCUGGCCCCUACCCUGGCUAUCCCCCCGGGCCCUACCAGCCAGGCCAGCCAGGCUACCAAGGAUAUCCCCAGUAUGGAUGGCAGAACGCGCCGCCACCGCCGCCAGGACCGGUGUACGCAGACGGGCCGAAAAACACAGUGUACGUCGUGGAGGAGCGGCGGAGGGACGACACGGGCGAGAGCGCCUGCCUGACGGCGUGCUGGACCGCGCUCUGCUGCUGCUGCCUCUGGGACAUGCUGACCUGACCGCUGCGCCCGCCCAGCGCUACGCAGGCUCCCCACUCCCGUCCCGACUUCUUUCUGUUACUGUAAUCAACGCUCUGCUUUGCACAGCCAACAGUUCCCGUCUGUCCGUCCUAGCGCCUUGUCGGGGUGGGGGGUGCACUCCUUUAUUUUAGUAAAGGAAAAAAAAAAAUCCCUUUUUAACAUUUCUAAGACUUUUGUUGUAACUUUGAAGAAUGUGCUAAUGGUGUAUUUCAGCCAAGGGCAUUCUGAUGAAAUGUAUAUUUACCAGUUGAGAUUUUCCUAGCCCUAGAGACGAAGACAUACGCAAUAAUUAAAGCCAACAGUUGAUUUUUCUUCACUAG